AUGGCACGUCGUCGUCCCCUGUGCAUAUUUCUCUCUCUCCUGGGCCUUUUUCUGCUUGGCACAGUCAUCGUUCUCUCUUCUAUAACGUACUACCUUUCCAUUGACCCUAAUGCCUAUCUUUCCGAAGACCAGGUACCCAUCCUUGGGCGCUACGACCGGUGGAAUGCCUCAGAGUACGGCCAGGUUGAACGUAUCCCACGAAUCCUCCACCAGACAUGGCGGACGGAGACCCUUCCCGAGAAAUGGAGGCCAGUUUCUCAAGAAUGUCGGGAUCUGAUGCCAGAUUAUGAAUACAAACUCUGGACUGAUGACGGCUCUCGCGAUUUCAUAUCAGAAUAUUAUCCUUGGUUUUUGGACACAUUCAACGAUUACCGAUAUCCUAUACAGCGAGCAGACGCCAUUCGCUAUUUCAUUCUUCAUCACUACGGUGGUGUCUACUUGGACCUUGACAUUGGAUGUAAACGACGUUUAGACCCCCUUCUGGCUUAUCCUGUCAUCCUUCCAAAAACAAUUCCCGUGGGCAUCUCGAACGACCUCAUUUUCUCCGAAAAAGGACAUCCAUUCAUGGCGCAGGUUAUUCACAGUCUCGUCACCUUUGACCACUCCUGGGUACUCAACUAUCCAACCGUAAUGUUCUCCACAGGACCCAUGUUCCUGUCAGCGCAAUACAGUAUUUUCACCUCAUCUCACGCCAGUGCCGCCAGUGAUCCCAUCCGUGUUCUCCCAAAGGCAUUGUAUGGAAAAAAUGCAAAGGAGGGAGAGGCACCACAUUCCUUCUUUUCGCAUUUCUAUGGAAGCAGCUGGCAUGCUGAUGAUGCUGCUUUCAUCGGUUUCCUUGGCCAUUGGGGCAAAGUAUUAAUGUGGAUUGGAUUGAUUGUCCUGCUAUUGGGAUUGCUCUUCACCGCGUUCCCCGGUAAACAGCGCAGAUACAGCUUGCGUCGUAUUGGGGGGUACGAGGUUCUCCUUCCACGCUGGUCUUCAGGGACAGGCCACUGGCAUUUCGGUUCUUCAUCUUCGUCAUCAUCCGACAGUGAUAGCGACGCCCCCAUCGACCAAGAUGUUCCCGUUUUGCAGCUCCCAUUUAACGUUCGACCGAGUUCCCCAAUGUCAUCAGAUAUAUCUACAGAGCCAUAUGCUGGCCGUCCGUCUAGUCCUUUGGUUGACGCUUUCCAGCGGUUGCGCAACAGAGUAGCGGCACUGGCCAGUCCGCGAGAAGAUUUCCCCCGAACCCCAGUCCGCAACAGGCGUCAGCGUUACAGCCGUGGUGUCCUAUUCUUCCUUCCCGCGAUAUUCACGCAGUCACAAGAUGUUGAGCUUGGUCCUGCCCCUGCAUAUUCAGAUCCACAGGUGCCGCUGCUACCUCGGCCUUCCUCGCGCAAUGGUAUUCAGCCACCAGACAAGCUCCAUCAGGAGGACUCUCGAUCGGGCAUUAUCGAGGCCCGGGGUCCGCUACCAGAAGGAACUUCCGGCUCGAGGUCGCCGGUCGAGAAUAACACCCUUAUAGACUUUGGUCGCGACUCCCGCCCAUCUUCGUCAUCGCAGCAUACGCGGUCUCGCAGCUCACCGCAUCGAGAAUCAUAG